CCGCCUCGCAGGGCUGCGGACGCUCCGCCGCGCUUCGAGGCUCGGAGGCUGCUGGCCCUGGCGCACCCCGAGCGCCGGAGACUGACAGCUGCUGUUGGCUUUCUGGCAGUUUCCAGUGUCAUUACCAUGUCAGCUCCUUUCUUUAUGGGGAAAGUUAUUGACAUUAUUUAUACAAAUCCCAGUGAGGAUUUCACUGACAGCCUGACCAGCCUGUGUGCCUUGCUGAGUGGAAUCUUUGUAUGUGGUGCUGCUGCCAAUGCUACACGUGUCUACCUCAUGCAGACUGCAGGACAAAGAAUUGUGAAGCGUUUGAGAGCAACCAUGUUCUCCUCUAUUGUGAAGCAAGAAAUAGCUUUCUUUGACAAGACCAGAACAGGAGAGCUGAUAAACCGCUUAUCUUCAGAUACAGCCCUUUUGGGCCGCUCAGUGACUGAAAACCUUUCAGAUGGGCUCAGGGCAGGAGCACAAGCAUCUGUGGGGAUUGGAAUGAUGUUUUUUGUUUCCCCUAGCCUUGCUGCAUUUGUUCUGAGCGUUGUGCCACCGUUGGCUGUCGUGGCUGUGAUUUAUGGCAGAUACUUGCGAAAGCUUACUAAAAUGACUCAAGAUUCUCUUGCAGAAGCAACACAGUUAGCUGAAGAACGUAUUGGAAACAUCAGAACAGUUCGAGCUUUUGGGCAAGAAGUGGCUGAAAUGGAGAAGUAUACAAAUAAAGUUGAUUAUGUGCUACAGCUGGCUAAAAAAGAGGCAGUAGCUCGGGCAGGCUUCUUUGGAGCAACUGGCCUUUCUGGGAACUUAAUUGUCCUGUCAGUGUUAUACAAAGGAGGAUUACUAAUGGGCAGUGCCUACAUGACAGUUGGUGAACUCUCAUCUUUCCUAAUGUAUGCUUUCUGGGUUGGCAUAAGCAUUGGAGGUCUAAGUUCCUUUUAUUCUGAGCUGAUGAAAGGAUUAGGUGCUGGUGGACGUCUUUGGGAACUUAUUGAAAGGAAGCCCGAACUUCCAUUUAAUGAGGGAAUCACAUUAGACAAAGACGUAUUCAGAGGCGCUUUGGAAUUCAAAGAUGUUGAAUUUGCAUAUCCAACACGUCCAGAAACAUCAAUUUUCAAAGAUUUCAGCCUUUCCAUUCCAGCUGGCUCUGUUAUGGCUCUCGUUGGCUCAAGUGGUACAGGGAAAUCAACAAUUGUAUCCCUUCUGCUGCGGCUGUAUGAUCCUGUCUCAGGUACUAUCACCGUUGAUGGCUUUGAUAUCCGUCAGUUAAAUCCACUGUGGUUCAGGACAAAGAUUGGAACAGUAAGUCAGGAACCAAUUCUCUUCUCCUGUUCCAUUGCUGAAAAUAUUGCCUACGGUGCUGAGGAUCCUUCUACUGUGACUGCAGAGGAGAUUCAGAAAGUUGCUGAAAUAGCUAAUGCUGCUAGUUUUAUCAGAGAUUUUCCAAAAGGGUUUGACACUGUAGUUGGAGAAAAAGGCAUUUUGCUUUCAGGUGGACAGAAGCAACGAAUUGCAAUUGCUCGAGCUCUGCUCAAGAAUCCUAAAAUUCUUCUGUUAGAUGAAGCAACAAGUGCUUUGGAUGCUGAAAAUGAGUAUCUAGUGCAAGAAGCUCUGGACCGGCUGAUGGAAGGGAGGACAGUCCUAAUAAUUGCUCAUCGUCUGUCUACUAUUCAAAAUGCUGAUUGCGUUGCAGUCCUUGGCCAGGGUAAAAUUCUUGAAUGUGGGAAACAUGAGGAACUACUUGCAAAUCCAAAUGGACUUUUCAGGAAACUAAUGCAGAAACAAGCUUUUCUUCAAAAUAAUGAUACUUUUGCAUUAGAUUUACAAUCCAGAGAAAAGGAUGUAUUAAAAGAAAAUGUAUGAGACAAUGUAUGAAUGAUGGAAACUUAUAAACGACAAAGACUAUAACUUAUGUUUCAGUUAUGUAAAGUAAAUGUUAUAUUUUUCCAAAAUGUACAAAAUAUUCUUUUGAAAUUUAAAUGUGUUUAAACUUUUUAUUGAAAGCUUUUUAAUAACUAUUGUAACUUUUAAAAGUGUCUGUCAAACUGUGAUUAUUUCAGUGCAUAAUUUUUCUCCAUGUGUUACUUUGAGAUUGUCUAGAAUCUUGUUUGCUGUAAUGCACUGUGUGAAGAUGUGCUCCAUUCUCAAGUAAGUUCAGUAUUGUAAAGGUAAUUAAAUUACAAUAUUUUAAUUUUCA